AUGUUCCGAACUAAUAAUGAUAAGCUUUGUUACAAGUUAAUUAUAAUGACCAGUAGUGGGGAAGGCGAAGAAAGUAUUCCUACAGAUUCUAAUAAUGAUGGUCAGAUUACUGAAAUCAAUUACAAAGCUAUGGUUGUAUCUACAAAUCCUAUGAGAACUAGCGAAGAAGAAGAUUUCACAAAAUGUCAAAGCAGUUGUAAGCGUUCCAAUGAAAAUCUGCAUGAACCUCAAAAUUUGUGUAUAUCAUCUGAAAACAAUAAAAAUAAUAUUUCUUUAAUCACAUCUGGGCUGGAUUUGAAUCUGUCUACUCAUCAGCCGUUUUCACAUUGGCGAAGAAUGAAAAAAUUGUGUACAACAGAUAUAAUUCGUAAAGAAACUGACAGUGCAACGAUUACUGGUACUCCUGUAUGUCAUCAGACAGCUUCAACAGACAAUCCUGCUAAUGCUACUACUACUACUUCUAAUGUUGCUACUACAAACACUGUCAAUACUACUUGUCACGAUACUUGUUAUGAUACUUCAGAGAUAUCUGGCUUUAAUCUUUCAUCAAAAAGUAGUCGGAUAUAUCAAAAUUUUUCUAGUCCAACCUCUUCAAUUGUUCCAUUGGCUAACAAUUCUUUGUUGUUAGAACCAACGAGAUUUAAUUCAUUAAACUCUACUGGAACUUCUAUAACAGCUACAUUAACAACAAUGAAUAUGCAACAGAGAUUUAAAAAAGGGGAUGUUGUUAAAACACCGAAUGGUGUAAGAAAAAAGUUUAAUGGUAAACAAUGGCGCCGUUUGUGUAGUCGAGAAGGUUGUACUAAAGAAUCUCAACGACGUGGAUUUUGUUCUCGUCAUCUAUCAAUGAAGGGAAAAGAAAUGCGUGUAAUGGGUUAUGCUGCUGCUGUAGCUGCUUUAAACUCUUCAGGGGAUAGUAAAUAUACUGGAUCAGGGACAUCUAAAGAAUCUGGAUCAAAUCGUAGCAAGCUACAUCCCUUAACAUCACCAUCUUCUUCGUUAUUUAUUUCACCUUCAAUUUUUUCACCAUACAAACUAACUCCUUUCUUACCGUCAUCUGUUACGUCAUCAUCAUCAACAACAACAACAAGCACAGUAGAUACUGCCUUAUUAACAUCCAAUUCUUCUAUGACAUUGACCUCGGCUACAGGGAGUAUGUUGUCACAACAGCCGGCAUUUUCUCUCCCAUUAGCUUCACUUCAAUUUCAUGCUAACUGUAAUUCAAGUAUAACCACAACGGAUAGUGCUGGGGCACAAAUGACUUCCUUUUCUCUCUCAAAUCCUGGAUUUACGCCUAUAUUGUUCAGUAAUACUACUGCUGGACCAAUGUCUCCUAUUCCAACACCUCUUGCUUUACUUCCUAUUCUUACAGACAGCAUACCUACAACUGGUAGCUCUUUCAGGAAUCAGAGAUCAUCAGGACUUUCUUCCGAUCAUUGGGAUAAUCCGGAGACUGAUACUAAUAACAGUCAUAAAGAUAACAGUACUGGUAAUCAAUACUGUGAUAGGGGUUACAAAGAUCCCACUCAUCAUGAGUCGAACAACAAUAGUAAUAAUAAUAACAAUAAUCACCAAUGGCCUACAUUGUCAUGUUCGAUUGAGUCAGAGGAUCAAGAAGAUAAUCAACAAAUAAAACAAUCGAUUAAUACAGAAAUCACUGAAAAUUCUGAUCUGAUGGAUAGUGAUGAUAAAUCAACAUUACCAUCUGGAAUAUGCAAUAGUUAUAGGGCAACCGCUACCACUACUGAUGAAGAGGUGAUAACUACUCCAAACGCAGUUCAUUCAGAUCUUUCAAAUUCUAUUACUGCUCAAGAUUUGAAGGAAUCGAUAAAUUCAGUUAUACAGACAUGUAAACAUGCAACUACUACUACUGAUAAUAAUAAUCCUCUGAAAGAUAAGAAACAUGUUCGUCGUCCAAUGAAUGCAUUUAUCAUUUUUUCUAUGCGACAUCGUAGUGAAGUGCAUCGUUUAUAUCCAAAUAAAGAUAAUCGUGUAGCAAGUCAAAUUUUAGGUGAUUGGUGGUAUCGUUUAAAUGCAUCAGAGAAAGCACCUUAUCAAGAACUGGCUCGUGAACUUAAAGCUGCACAUUUUCAAUCAUUUCCAAAUUGGAAAUGGUCAUCUAAACAAAGACGUAAUUCAGGUAAUACUGUUAAUAACAAUAAAAAGGCGGAUACAAUGGAUUCUUAUCAUUCUGAUUUAAAAACACCAACAACACAACUUGCUACUGACUAUGAUAAACUAUCAAUAGAUGAAAAGUGUUCAGUGAAAAAUAUUUCAAAUGCGAAAUCUUUGUCUUGUAAUGAAUCUGAUAAUUUAAUCGAGGAACAAUCUUUAACAAGCUUACCAUUAAAUAUGGAGUCAAAUGAAGAUUGUAAAUCUAUAGUAGAAAUUGAAGAGGCUAACAGGCAUACUAUUAACGAAGAGAAUAAUUUCAUCGAGGAUGAUUCCAAUAAACUGGAGCCGAAUUUAUCAUCAGCUUUAAACCAAUGUCAAUCAAAUGGUUUGUAUCUACUGUUGCAUGCUGUUGAAUAUUUGAAUAAAAAUAAUAAUUAUAACAAUAUACCAGUUAAUGAAUUAUUGGAACAUUCAGCAUUGGAUGUUAAUGUUGAUCUUGAUUGUCAAAUAAAUACUGACAAAUCACAUACUACUGCCUCAAUAACUGACUGUGAUAAAUGUGACAGUGAUGAGAAUGACGGUGGUGAUAGUACCAAAGUUUCGAAAUUGGAAAUACUUUCACUACCAACUUUGACAUCAGAAUCUUAUGAUGACAAAUCUAUACCAAUGAAUACAUCAGAAAAAUCUCUUUAUGUAGAUUCUUCUGAAAAUCUAAAUUCCACGUCGGUAAAUGACAUUCCACCUGUGCUUAAAACUUCAGACGGUUGUGUUGAUACUUCAAAUACUCAAGGAGAAAAUCAUUCAUCUCAGAUACCUAACGAUAUUGCUUUCUCACAUUCAGUCGUUAAGUCAUCAAGUCCAAUUGAUGUGAAAAGUUCAUGCAGUUUGACCUCAGAAUUGUCAAGUACAACAUCUAAAUCACCUGAGGCUUCUGUACAUUCAGACAGGCCUUUAACUGAAGCACAGGAAAGCAAUCUGUUGUAUUCGUUAACAGUUAAUUCUAAACAUGUGUUACCGCCUGUAUCAAUCAAGACUGGAUCAUUUACAGAAUUUGACUAUUCAGUGCCAACUGAAAAUAUUCAACAACCUACAGAAAAUUCAUAUGAAACUGUGAUACCUAAACGGUGCAAUAGGAGUGAGGAAAAAUCUUUAGAAGAUGAAAACAUUAUGCAUGAGCUGAAAUCAAAGAAUUGUACAACGAAUACUACCUCUGCGAUGAACACCACAGUUCAACAACUUUCUUUAACGGAAGGGACGAAAGAAACAGAAGAAGAAGAAGAGGAGGGCGAGGAACACGCAAUGCUUGAAAAUCAGUCUAAAUCAUUUACCAAUGACAAUCAUGAUUAUGAUCGACAGACGACCCCUCAAAAAAUACGACCACCUCCAUUAAAACUACAGUCGUCUAGUUUAUUUGAUUCUGAAAAUGUUAAUCAUACUAUUAACAAUAAAUACACUGAAUCAAUUAAUGUAAAGUCUACACAUCGUACACCACUUUCAGCUGAUGCAGCUAAUCGUUGUUGUAAGCGUAAAUUUGAUGAAAAUACAGAGAAUAUCUUAACACGAAUCAACUUUCGACGUCGUUUUUCAUAUUUACCAAAAUUUAAACCAAAUUCUACCCAUGAAUUAUUGUCACCAGUUUCUCCUAGUCAAUUUCCUCCCAUGAAGACUACACAAAUUAACUCUCAAACAGAAAAUGAAUCAACUGGCCAACCAGUGAAUACAGAUACUAAUCAACAACAAAUCUACAUACUUACCUCACCAACUUCUCAUCUCAGUGACUCUGAAAAUAUUCAUCAAUGUUUAUCACCACAGAAAUCGGAUAGUAAUAAUAGUAAUAACAAUAGUAAUAAUAAAUGUAUUCAAUACGAAGAUAAUAUGUUCUUUGGUAAAAACUUCCCAAAUCCUAAUGAAAUGAAAUGGAUCAAUUGUAAUAGUUCAAGUUCACAUCUAUUAACAACUACUUCACGUCUUUUAAAAAAUCAUCCAAUUGCACCAAAAUCGAAUCAGUCAAAUAAAGUGUCAGUGAUACCUUCAAAUAUCUUUGAUGUAAACACAACCAGUUCUAGAUCAAUAUUACAUAUGCGUCGUAAACUUGUACUAGAUUUAUUCCAGGAAUAUGGUUUAUUUCCAUCAAUUCCAGCAAUUAUUCGUUUUCAACAAUCCUAUUCCUACUACUUUCCAAAUCGUCAAUCUUUACAAUUAAAAAUACGUGAAGUUCGUCGACGAAUAAUGCAGGUGAAUUCAACAUCGAAUUUAAAACCUACAGAAACAUAUUUCAAUCAGCCAGUGGAUAAGAAAACACUUGAAAAUGAGGAUGAUGAUGAUGUUGAUGUAAAAGUAAAUAGUGUAAGAGUUUCUUUCAGAACUUUAAAACAUUCCACCUAUUCAUCAAUGAAGUCAACAAUCAAUCGUCUCUCUGAUUAUACUAAUAAAUGCUAUAAUAAGAACAGUAAUAACUCCACAGGUAUAAUAUUAUCAUCCUCGAAUCCAUUGGUAGUAUGA